UCCUGCAGUACCCAACAUUAGGUUCAAUGAUGUGAAAAGAACAGACUUUUUUUUUUCUUUUUGGAAGAAAUUCUUACUUCGGUUUUGAUGAGAACUUGAUUGAAGAGAAAAUGGGUUGUGUUUUGAAGUGUGUUUUCAUGAUUGUUGUCUUCAUUUCGAUGCCUUUUUCAUUGGAGAAAUCUCACAUUUCGAUUGCUAACUCACUGUUGGAUGCAACUGAGAGCUUUAGUGUUAAAGAGCUAGAGAGAGUUUCAGGGGAAGAUGAGAAUGGCGGCAAUGAGCCUUUCAUUUUGGACAGAGUCAGAGCUCUACUUGGACUUAAUAGCUUACAAUUGGGAAAUCAAAGCCCAUCAGAUCUUUCGCCUUCGCCAUCUCCGUCGCCCUCGCCAUCUCCAUUCACCAUUUCUCCUUCUCCUGCUCCAAUGGCAGCUCAUCGAGUGCACAUUCACGAGCAUUCUCAUCCUCAUCAGCUGCGCUUGCACAAGAGCCGACCAAAAUACAAACCGAAAAGAAAAGAUCCAAGAGAAGGAAGGGUCAGAAAAAUUCUUGUUGCAGUUCUUGUGUCUGUAGGAGUCGCCAUUUUGUUGUGCUCUAUUAUUGCCUUUUGGGUCUGCAAGAAGUUCAAAAGUCAGAGAGAGGAAUCCAUGGAGAAGCUUUCUGUUAAGAGUGAAAAAGAAGAUAAGACAGCAAGACCAAAAUCUAGCCUUGAUCUGUUCGAUCUUGGUAGACUAGGUAUGGAUGUUGAAGAACAGACUCAUACUUCUGAAAGUGAAAAGGAGUUAUCUGUUCAUAAAGAGGGGGGAAGGAGUGAAGAGAUGUUGGAUUCAGAAUUUGAUAAUGUAAGUGUUUCUUCAACCAAGGAAAUGAUGUAUGUUCAUGAGGAAGAUGAUAGUAAAUCAAUACAAUUUGUAUCUGAGGGAACUCAUUCCUCAUCUGGGGAUAAGGUUACUCCUGUUCAAUGUUGUUCAUCUGAUGAUGAGGAAUCAUUCCAUUCUUGUGGUGAUUCCAAUUUGUCAAAUCGUCGCCUUUCAAAUGCUUCGGAAAUUUCUUCUGCUAAUGUGAUAACAAAUUCUACUUGUUCAGUACCAACUGUCACCUUAGCAAGUAAAUUGGAAACACAAUGUGAUGAAUCUAACAAGUUAUUAACUUCUGACCAGUCUCAUCUUGCCCUUUUUCCUUGUAAUUCAGAACCCAAAAUGCAGAUGGUUCCCCAUUCUGUUGGUUUCCAAAAGAAUGCCAAUGUCCCAUCUUUAUCUCCACCUCCACCACCGCCACCGCCGCCUCCUCCUGCAGUCAUGGAUCGCUGUUCGUUUUCCCUUUCUUCACCCUUUUCAACUGGAUCUACUUCUUCUGCAUUGUUAAGAUCCUCAUCUCCGGCAUUGUCAGAUUCUUCUUCCGUAUCUCCUAUACCAUGGAAUGAUCUGCCAUCACCUCAAACCACUACUAAACCUUCAUUACCAUCAUCUGCUAUUCCGCCACCCCCUUCUCCACCACCAAUUUUGAAAACAAGCCCUUACUCUUUCAAAACUCCUCCUCCUCCUCCUUCCAAGCUCCCUCAAUUCAUGUCAUUUGGAAAAGAGGCAAAUUUAAGGCCAAAACUUAAGCCUCUCCAUUGGGACAAAGUAAGAGCUGCACCUGAUCAAUCAAUGGUGUGGGACAAGCUAAGAUGGAGUUCAUUUGAGCUAGAUGAAGAAAUGAUUGAGUCAUUAUUUGGUUACAACCAACAUGAUUCAAUGAAGAAUGGUGAUGCUAGCAACAAAAGUCCUUCUCCAAGCAAGCAUAUUCUAGAGGCAAAGAGACUUCAGAACCUAACCAUUCUCUUAAAAGCCUUAAAUCUCUCCACAGAACAAGUUUGUGAAGCCAUAGAACAAGGGAAUGGGCUGCGUUUGAGACAACUUGAAGCACUGGUGAAGAUGGUACCAACACAAGAAGAAGAAGCCAAAUUGUUAAGCUAUGAAGGAGACAUUGGUGAAUUGGGUUGUACAGAGAAGUUUGUCAUAGCAAUUCUGAGAAUACCAUUUGCCUUCCAAAGAGUAGAAGCCAUGCUUUACAGAGAAACUUUUGAAGAUGAAGUGAAUCAUCUCAGGAACUCAUUUUCCAUACUAGAGGAGGCCUGCAAGGAAUUAAGAUCCAGCAGACUCUUCCUAAAACUCCUAGAAGCCGUGUUAAAAACAGGAAACCGAAUGAACGUCGGAACAAGCAGAGGAGGCGCACGAGCAUUCAAACUCGACGCGCUCCUAAAACUCUCCGACGUCAAAGGCACAGACGGCAAAACAUCCCUACUCCACUUCGUAGUACAAGAAAUGAUCCGGUCAGAAGGGAUCAGAGUAUCAGGCAGCAUAAUGGGGAAAAUCAACCAAAAAAACAAACCAAGAACAGUUGAAGAACGAGAAAACGAUUACCGGAGAAUGGGAUUGGAUUUGGUGUCGGGGUUGAGCACGGAACUGCAGAACGUGAAACGAGCGGCAACGAUCGACCUGAAAGUAGUGGGAAGUUCGAGGGGGAAUUUGAAUGAAGGAAUGAGGAAAAUGGAGGAAUUGGUGGGGAAGGAGUUGAGAGGGAACUUUGGGGAAAGCAUGAAAGGGUUUGUGGGGUAUGUGAAGAAGAGGAUGGAGGAAGUGAAGAAGGAUGAGGAAAGAGUAUUGGGGAAUGUGAGAGAGAUUACAGAGUAUUUCCAUGGAAAUGUGAGCAAAGAAGAGACGAAUCCGUUGAGGAUUUUUGUGAUCGUUAGAGAUUUUCUUGGAAUGUUAGAUAAUGUUUGCAAGAGCUUCAAGAUUGGUUGUUGAUUGAAACAAUCUUCCCGCCCAAUUCAAAUUUUUAAUUUUUUCUUUUUUUUUUUGUAAAUUGAUAACUUCGUUUUUAUUCAUUUAUUAUUAUUUUCAAAUUUGAGGUAUGGUUGAAGAUAUUUAGUUAUGUUUCGGUUGUGGGUGAGUAAAAUGUAACAUGUAACUAAAAUUACUUAACAUUGUGUUUAAUAAAGUUUCUUGAACCACUUUAACA